CACUCGAAGACAAGCUCCCGCUGCCGUCCAUCGGCCACCAAAUCUCUCGCCCUUCUUCUACAUCGACGAUUGCCUCGUACACGCGCCAGCGGCUCGGGAGCCAUGCUUCGAUUCAGCUGCCUGCCCUCUCGACACUUGCGUCCGUAGUGAGCCAGGAAGCGAACGAAGCCCAACCCGGCUCCAGCGAGGGAACACCACCGAAGAUGGCAUCGCCACCGCUGCCGCCGCCUGCAAGCAAUCCUCCCAAAGCCCUCAGCAUGACCUACGCCACCGCUGCACUCGCAACCGCCGGCGGUCAGCCCAAUUCUCCUCCCGUCUGCCAAAACUGCGCAACGAGCACCACUCCGCUGUGGCGCCGCGAUGAGUCUGGCUCUGUCCUGUGCAAUGCUUGUGGUCUCUUCCUGAAGCUCCACGGCCGGCCCCGCCCCAUCUCCCUGAAGACCGAUGUCAUCAAGAGCCGCAACCGUGUCAAGACCGGCGGUGCAGGCAGCCGUAAGAAGGCUGGCGAAACCAAUGGCCUCCCCGCUGCCCAUCCCGCCUCUCAUCACCCCGAUCCCGACCCCUCGCUGGCCGUGGGCCUUGUUCAGCGCCGCCGCACAUCGGGAAAGAUCUCUUCCGGACUGUCGGAACGCUCACAGUCGCCCAUUUCGCGCACGGGAACUCCGUCCUUCGCUCACCAGUCCAACAUUGCCCCUCAGCAUAUGUUUGAUGGUGCCCUGCACCCAGAUGCCUUCCAUUCUCCCUCUCUACCCUCCGCCUUCCCCCUACGCCAACCGUCCCCUAGUGCGGCAUCCUCCGUGAAUGGCUCUCAUCUUGAUCCUCCCCUGGCCUACGAUGCUCUGAUGUCACAAAAUACCCAUCUCAAGACCCGAGUCAACGAGCUGGAAGUCAUCAACGAACUGUUCCGCGGGCGCGUCUCGGAACUGGAGAAUAGUGAGAGCCGCUUGAAGGCUGAACUAGAUGAGAUGCGCCAACGGGAAGCCGACCUGAAAAGGAAACUGGACGAAUUCGAAGCCGAGGGUCCACGUCACAAGAAGAUGCGGCUUAGCGAUCUCGUCGAUGAGAGCCGUGCAGGCACCCCCAUCAGCUCCAUGGGGGAGUAGGGCUUGCGCUCUGUCUACCGGUACCGUCACCUGUUCCACGAUAUGUAAUGCCUCUGUGCAAGAAGGGUCCCACUGCUGCUUUGGUCAGCGGUGAGGUGCCGGUCCCCUGUUUCUCUUCGUUCUCUCAUUCUACAAUUUACGCUCGUCUGCCCUCUUUUUGCGCUCGCAGAGGCUCCCAGUGAGCUUCUUACUUCCCCACUACCCACAUCCUUAAUGUUUUGAAUCACUUUCUCUUCCUUCUCGACCUGUGAAACAGGUUGCCUCU